AUGAGACCUGUCUUGCCUACGAACCAUCCUCUCAACACCCGGGCUCCGGACCGGCCAGAUAGUUUGGUACGCGGUUCUACAACAGUCCCUACUACGUGCUUCAUUACCACCGAGGCAGACCUCGACACUCGUCGAGAUCGUUCCCGCCCGCGGUUUCGCCAACAAAGCGACCGGCGCAAGUGUAGUCGUAACUCGCGCUGCCCAUCAACCCCGCGUCAGCGACGCUCGCCUCCACGUAUCGCCAACAAGCCUGCGUCCCCUGCUUCUGAAUCGGACGAGUCGGAGGAUCUGUCCGUUGGACAAGACCCCUUCCAUUUGCUAUCUCAGCCAGGCACUCCAUCUUUGAUUGGGCUCUCGCAUUCCGGGUCCGUCAUUAGCAUGUCUUCGCAAGGUUUCUCUCUCGCAGGGCCCUCUAUAGAUGCUCAAAGUGAUUUAGGACAGGGUCAUGCAUCUCUAUCUGUGUCAGACUUGGCGUAUAAUGACGAAACCGACCAAAACACGAUACCUCAAUUUAUCAUGCCCAGCUUGACGGUUCCUCGACGCCGCCCCUUUUCCGAGGUGGGUAAAUCACUAGGCAAACUGAAAAUCAUGGUAGCUGGACAAAGUGGUAUUGGAAAAACUUCACUUAUCAAAACCUUGGCUGAAUGUUGCGAGCAUAUCGUACAUAUGGACCCAAUAGAGGAUCGCAACGCAGUCCAUGCUACCGAGACAUACGCCAGUUCUCGUCCGCAACCAUGGUGGCGAUCUGAUUCAGAACUCACUGUAACAACACGGAAACGACUUUCGGCUACUGGCGAUGUCCUAGAUAGAAACGUAUGUUUCGUCGAAAGCCCGGGCCACCAACAUGGCACCUCUGGACCCUGGCGUGAUCUUCAUUACGUCGAGUCGCAUUUGUCAUCCCUCAUGAACAAACCCAUGGCUGACUCGGAUCUCUUUACUCUUGUAAACUCUGGCGGCGAGCCAGUUGUGGACACUUUGCUCUACCUCAUCCCCCAUAGUGGACUUGGACAAGAAGAUGCAGAGUAUAUCAAACGUGCUCAACGCAUGACAAAUGUCAUCCCUAUUCUUGCAAGGGCCGAUGAGCUCGACCCGGAAAAGAUUAUGCAUAUAAAGCAACAAGUUGCCAAGUAUCUAGUCAACAAGGAAGUCGACUUCUUCUCCUUCGAAGGCCCCAGAGCCUCAAAAGAGUCGGAGUGCGUGUACGCCGUCUCUACAGAAUCCCGGCCAGACCAUGACACUAUGGAUGCCAGUGUCCUCAUGAACUCCGAUUAUAUCGCGCCGCUUGUUCCGACCGAUCUGAACCGGUUGGUUGAUAACAUUUUCUCCCUGGAUGGCAGCGCUCGACUACGCCAUUCCGUAGCUAUCAAAUGCAUCAAGUGGCGUCGUGAUCAUGGCGACAACUUGCUGCAAAACGCCCUAUCGAGCGGGGCCUUGGUACCGCGAUCUAUUCCCGGAAGGGCGCUGAGACUGAGCUCAUUCAGACGGACUCCAAGUUGGGACCGAUUGGAACUCUACAACUGGGCAAACAACCUACGCCAGAGUCUCGAAUCAGAGAGGCUCUACCACCUCAUGGAAGAGAGGGCUAUCUCAAAUGCUGCUGCGCGAGAGUCAAGCCUUGUCCAUGUCCCCAAAACUCACAAAAAGGCUCGUUCUAAGAAACGAAAGGAACCAACGCCUACCCAUCAGGAUCCCUUGGGCCUACUGGAUAUAGGAGGAACACUUAAACAGAAAGGCAUGCUCGCAUUAGAAAUGGUCAGCAGUGUUGGUCUGGUUGGGCUGGUGGCCUCUAAAAUCGUGCACACCGGGUUGUCCGACGGUAUGUGCUCUGUCAUGGAAUCGAAGAGAGGUGGCUUUGAAGUCGGUCGGUUGAGCAUGAUUCUGUCCUUCUAG